GGUCGUUGCUGUUCGCGAGUGAAAGCCUCAAUAAAAGCACACGACCGCCUCCCGACCGCCCCACCGACCGAGCCCCUCUACUACCAAAAAUGGCGUUCAACCAGCCCUUCCCUGUCGCCAGCCCUCUCAUGCAGAAGCCGCCUCCGCCGCCGUCUUAUGGCCCCGACUUGGCGGUUCGCUUGAUCUGUCCGGAAUGCCGCGAGGCGACCCCGGAUAUUCGAGAGGAAUUUGGUAGUGGAGACCUCGUCUGUGGGGCGUGUGGCCUGGUUUUGGGUGACAGGAUCAUCGACACGCGUAGCGAGUGGCGUACCUUCGCAAACGACGAAGGCGACGACCCCUCGCGUGUCGGAGCAGCUACCGACCCCCUCCUCGAGGGCAUCGAGCAGCUCGACACGGUCAUCAGCUUCCGAGAUGGCGGCUCUGGCGUGGCAAGGGAACUGCAGCGCGCAGCCACCCGCGCCCAAGGAUCGCGUUCAGAGCGCAACAUUCUUACCGCCUUCCGCGACAUCUCGACGCGCUGCGACCAAUUUGCACUUCCUAAGACGAUCAGCGAUAUCGCGAAGCAGCUGUACAAGCGAGUACACGACGAGGGCGUCUUGAAGGGCAAGCCGCAGGAAGCCAUCACCGCCGCCUGCAUCUUCAUCGCCUGCCGACAAGCCCACGUACCGCGGACAUUCCGCGAGUUCUGUGAUCUCACGCAUGUGUCGAAGAAGCUGUUGGGAUUCUGCUGCCGGACGAUCAGCUUGACGUUCAACUUGGCGCCCGGCGCCUCCACCAACCCCUCCGCCGGCCCCGAAAACAUCCUCCCCCGCUACUUCAACCAGCUUGACCUCCCCACUUACGUCCAGUCCAUCUGCCACGACAUCAUCGUCGAAGCGCGGAAUCACGGCAUCGCGGAUGGAAGGAGUCCAGUGUCGAUUGCUGGCGGGGCGAUCUACUUCACUUGCCACCUACUCGGCAAGCCGAAGUCGCUGCGGGAGAUUAGCUCGGCGGCGAGCGUUAGCGAAGGGACGAUUAAGCUCGUGUACAAGCUGUAUUACGAUGCGAAGGAGAAGCUGGUGAAGGAGAAGUGGAUUCAGGAAGGUAAGGCGCGAUUGGACCGCCUCCCAUUCGACGGGAAAUAAGGGCGUCGACGGGAAUUGAGCGAUGGACGCUGCCAACCUUCCUACCGUAUUUAUGUAUAUCCCUUCUAUAAGGAAGAAGGGACUUUUACUGAAUGGGCGAUCCGCUUUGACAAAACCUCUGAACCUCACCAUUGGACGACGCUCG